AGGCUGCGGGCACCGCGGGCUAUGGCGGGCGAGUACCACCCGUCGCAGGGCAGCAUCCUGUACAACAUGCUCAUGAGCGCCAAGCAAGUGCAAGCGACCCCGGAGCCGCCCAAGGCACGGGUGGCGGCCGCGUGCUGGGGCUGCUCCUGUGGCUCUGAGCCCCCGAUGGGCAGAGAGGGACUGACCGGGGCGCCGGCCACGGUGCUCCUGUACCGCUGCUGCUUUUGCGGGGAAAACCACCCGCGGCAGGGCAGCAUCCUCUACAACCUGCUCAUGAACGCCAAGCAAGCGCAGGAGACGCCGCAGGCGCCCGGAGGACUGGGGGGUGCGUGCUGGGGCUGCUCCUGUGGCUCGGAGCCCCCGGUGGGCAGAGAGGGGCUGACCGGUGUGCGGACCACCGUGCUUCUGUACCGCUGCUGCUUUUGCGGGGAAAACCACCCGCGGCAGGGCAGCAUUCUCUACAGCUUGCUCACCAGCGCCAAGCAGACGCACGUGGCGCCGGAAGCUCCCGAGGCGCGGCCGGGGGGCGCGUGGUGGGACCGCGCUGCCAGCGCGCGGAGGCUAGGGGGCCGAGAGGAACUGCGGGGCGGGUGGCCCGGUGCGCUCCCAUGCCGCUGCUGCUUUUGCGGGGAAGACCACCCGCAGUGGGGCAGCCUCCCCUGCCACGUGCCCCCGGGCGCCAAGCCGACGGACUGGGCUCGAGAGGCACCGCCGGGGACCCCCUGGUGGGACCCCGCGCGCGGCGUGCGGCGGCGGGUGGCCCUCAAGAGCCCACAGGUGGUCUGCGAGGCCGCCUCGGCGGGCCUGUUGAAGACGCUGCGUUUCGUCAAGUACUUGCCCUGUUUCCAGGUGCUCCCCCUGGACCAGCAGCUCGUGCUGCUGCGCAGCUGCUGGGCGCCGCUGCUCAUGCUGGAGCUGGCCCAGGACCGCCUGAACUUUGAGACGGUGGAGACCUCUGAGCCCAGCCUGCUGCAGAGCGUCCUCGCCACCAGGCGGCGGGAGACCGCGGGCAACGAGCCACCGCCCCAGCCCCCGCUGCCGCCGCACUCGGUCCUGCCGCUGGAGACCGGGUAUUUGCCAUCGGCCGCCGAGGUCCAGACCAUCAAGGGCUUCCUUGCCAAGUGCUGGAGCCUGGAGAUAACUACCAAGGAGUACGCCUACCUCAAGGGGACCGUGCUCUUCAACCCGGAUCUGCCAGGCCUGCAGUGCGUGAAGUAUAUCCAGGGACUUCAGUGGGGAACUCAACAGAUACUGAGCGAACACGUCAGGAUGACACAUGUGAUGUACCAGGCCAGGUUCGCCGAACUGAACAGUGCCCUCUUCCUUCUGAGAUUCAUCAGCGCCAACACCCUGGCCGAGCUGUUCUUCAGGCCCAUCAUUGGCGCAGUCAGUAUGGACGAUAUGAUGCUGGAGAUGCUCUGUGCAAAGUUGUAAAGGCACACGGGCCACACAUGUGCUGUUCACCAUGAAGCACAAUGGAGCAGCUAUGGGCAGAAGUGUAAAAUAGUGUAAAAUGAAGCUUCUUAUUAUUUUUACACACA